AAUACCUUCUCAGCGUGUUUAAGUUAACCUUUAAUAUGCUUUUGUAAUGUUAAAUAUUAUGUUUUUGUGAGGCUUAAUUAAACAUAUUUAUGGAUUUUUUUCAGCAUCUUGCUAGUGGAAUUAAUAAUAAGGAAUCGUUCAUUGUAAGAGGUACGGAUUGCAAGGACAAAGAGUAUCCAGCUAUUGGUGCUCUUCACUAUGGGAAUCAAUUCAUAUGCACUGGAUCUGUCAUAGAUGAGCGUUUCUUCCUUACAGCUUCACAUUGUGUCGUUGGUUCAGGAGGUGUUCCAGCUCCCGCUUCCAACUUUAAAGUCGUUUUAGGUAACGUGAGCCGCUCUUCUAAUGCUCAUGUCUAUACAUUUUCUAAAGUAAUUUCUCAUGAAGAGUAUAAUGAUGGAACAAUAGCAAAUGACAUUGCUCUAAUGAAAUUUUCUAAGCCUGUAGAUUUCAGUAGUGAUUAUAUAAAACCCCUCUGUAUACCUUCGAAAAAUAGAAAGUUUGAAGGGCAAGAAGCUAUGGCUGUCGGUUGGGGUAGAGAUGAAAACGGGAACAUUCCCGAAGUUUUAAAAAAGGUGGAAGUGGAUGUGUGUAGUAAGCGUUAUUGUUCUUUUGUUUAUUAUCUUUUAUCUCAGGGAAGACUUGAGAUUUCUGAUAAGCAAAUAUGCUCUGGAUCGAGAAUGAAAGGCGUUUGCAAUAACAGACAGCGAUAUGGACGUUCAAACAUGGCGAUCUGCGGCGACAACGGCGCCGCCACUAAACAAAACAAAAUGAGACCUUACAUUCUUUUGGUGGUAGUUCAAGGUUUAACUACUGGCGGUGCACCAGUAGUUAUUGUUUUUUUCAAAUCAGAUAAUCGCUAUGAAGGCGUAACUUAA